AUGUUCGCAAAAAGCUAUCCAAACACCUUCAUCUCUAUCCUGCUUACUAUCUCAGCACUAAUCAUUGGAUCGCUUGCUACAAAAUCAACACCAGCUCCAUCUCCUGCUCCUGUGGUAUAUGCAGUUCCACAACCUUCCCUUCAAACCGACAGUCUAGCAAGUUCGAUUGACAGUGUUCCAAUUUCAGGUCAAUGUAUCAUCAGUAUUUUGCAUAAUAGUGAAACGGGCGGACCUGUUGUUCCCGUAUCACAAGAAUCAAAUUCGUUCAAAGAUUGUGGGGUUAGUCCUUCAUUCAUUACAUCAACAACCACAACAACAGGUUCAACCAGUACUGUCACAACCACAAGCACAAUGGGCGGUUCUCUAUCUUCUGAUACAGCUUCGCCUUUACCACCUUCAGAUUUUUCUUCUUCCGCUUCCAUCGUCAGUUCAACGUCAUCUGCAGCAACUUCUGCUCCGGCUGGCAGUAAUGCAGGAUCUCCUCAAUUUUCCUCUAUUCAAUCUUUUGCUAUCUCAAUUGUCAUUCUUCCCUGUAUUCUCGCUUUUGCUCUUCAAUUACUCUGAUGUGGCAUGUCAUUCAAUGUACAAAUUCGUAUGCGUGGUAAAAAGUGAAAGAAAGAUAC